GCCGUCAACGUAUUAUUUAAAGUUCUACACAAUAAAAUUAGAAGUGAAGGCAUAAUUACAGGGCAAGAGUAAAGACUGUCUCGAGAAGGAGGGAGACGGAGGAAAGUCCUGCCCUUUCUGAAAGAUUUCCUGUUUGACUAGGCGAGCAGAAAGUGACUCAAGCUCACAGAUUCCCUCAGUGACUGUUCACUUCAGCAGCAUGAGACGCUCUCCUUCACUCCGGAUCAGACGCUAAAAUCUCUACGCUUUCUGGUCAAACAACGCCAGCCUGUUCACGUACACAUUAAUGCGAGGGUUACGGACACGAUUGCGUUUCUAAUGGAGCAAUAUCGGCUUUAUCUGCUCUGUUGGGGGACUUUUUUGAUAUCAACGGGUGUCCUGGAUCGGAACGUAGUCGAUGGGAUGCAUCAUUUACAUAAGCCAUUUCAACUUGCUCAACUGUGUAAGUUCUGUGACGUGGAGCCAUCUUAUUGUAACGGCACCAGCACCGGCACCUGUGAAAGCAACUGCAGCAUCACGUCCAUCUGUUCCAACCCUGAUGAGAUCUGUGUGGCUAUCUGGAGGAAGAGCAAUGACAACAACACGAUUGAGACAUUGUGCCACAAUCCCUCUGAGCCCCUCUACGGCAUCAUGCUGGAGAACUACAACAACACCAAGUGUGAAAUGAGAAAGAAGACGUCAAACACAGGCCCUUUCUACAUCUGCUCCUGCAAGGGCGAUGAGUGCAACGACAAGCUGAUGUUCACAUUCUCUAUUGGUCCAGACCCCACAAAUAACCAGGUGGUGUUGGUGAUCCUGGUCAGUUUGCUACCCCUCCUGGUUCUGGCUGUGCUGGUCAUCGCCUCCUUCUACUGGUAUCGUAUGUACCGUCGCCGCAAACUCGAUGAGUGGGAGACAAAGAAGCCGUCCAAACGCAAAGGCCCCAAAGGCCCGCUGGACUGUAGUGAUGCCUGCGCCAUCAUGAUGGACGAUGACCGCUCGGACAGCAGCUCCACGCACGCCAACAACCUCAACCACAACACGGAUCCUCUGCCCAUUGAGCUGGACCUUCAGGUAGGCAAGGGCCGCUUUGCUGAGGUGUACAAAGCCAAACUGAGACAAAGCCCCUCGGAACAGUUUGAGACGGUGGCGGUGAAGAUCUUCCCCUACGAAGAGUACGCAUCCUGGAAGAACGAAAAGGACAUCUUCUCGGACAUCGAUCUGAAGCACGAGAACAUUCUACACUUCCUGACUGCCGAGGAGAGGAAGGUGGAGAAACAGUACUGGCUGAUCACCGCCUAUCACCCACGCGGGAACCUGCAGGAGUAUCUCACGCGCCACCUCAUCAGCUGGGAGGAUCUGCGAGUGCUUGGGGCCUCCAUGGCCCGGGGUGUGGCUCAUUUGCAUAGUGACCACACCCCCUGCGGGAGGCCCAAAGUGCCCAUCGUCCACCGAGAUCUGAAGAGCUCUAACAUCCUGGUGAAGAAUGACCUCACUUGUUGCCUCUGUGACUUUGGGCUUGGCCUCCGUCUGGACAACUCACUCUCAGUGGAUGACUUGGCCAACAGUGGACAGGUGGGUACAGCCAGGUACAUGGCUCCAGAAGUGCUGGAAUCAAGGAUCAACCUUGAGAACAUCGAGUCAUUCAAGCAAACCGAUGUCUACUCCAUGGCCCUGGUACUGUGGGAGAUCACGUCCAGGUGUAAUGCCAUCGGAGAGGUUAAGGAUUACGAACCUCCAUUUGGCUCUAAAGUCCGAGAGCACCCCUGUGUGGAGAGCAUGAAAGACAAUGUGCUACGAGACCGGGGCAGGCCAGAGAUCCCCAACAGCUGGAUGAAACACCAGGGAGUGGCUACAGUCUGCGCCACCAUCAACGAGUGCUGGGACCACGAUCCCGAGGCCCGACUCACGGCACAGUGUGUGGCCGAGCGAUUCAACGACAUGGACGACGACCUAGACAAGUUGUCCACCUGCAGCAGCUCCGAGGAGAAGAUUCCUGAAGAUUGCUCUGUGAGCGUGAGCGAUGACAAAUGAGAGAAACUCUCUCUCUCUCUCUCUCUGCAAAAACUGAAUGUUUGGAUCCUUCCAAUGAAAUGGAGUGGAAGAAUAUGGCCUUUUCAUUAAGCUUUGUUUCAUAGCCAAAGAUUUCAUGCACUUUAUCAGAUUAUGCAUAGCUCACACUGAGGAAGGUCAGGCUACCGCGCGAGAGGAGCUGGACAGACGCUGGUUUUCUCCUCUGACAGCUGACCAAGAGCCAAAUGUAAUCAGGAAAAUGUUUUGCCUCGACACUAAAGAUUCAUAGGAGAUUGUAAGACUUUUUACAGAUCAUUUCAGGAUUUUCUGGAUUUAUGGAAGAAUGUGUUGGGGGGGAGAUUUGUGUUUGUGUGCUUGAGUGUGUUAGAAUACUAGCGUGUGUGUUUGUAUGUUUGGUGCUUUUACCGAGAAGUGUAUUGUGCUUAUUAGCCAAAGAAAAAAGUAUGUUGUAAAUACUGC